UUUAAACAUAUUAUUGUGUAGAUUAUUUGUGUUCUCCCUGCAGCUGCAUUCUGUUCGCAUAAUAAUAAUUUACAGAGGAUUUUUGCAAAGAAUACAUGAGUUUAUACAAAUAUAUAAAUUUUCUUAGUCUCAGUCUUUAUGGCACAAUCAUAUGAUUUGAAAUUUACGAUGGACACCCUUAUGUUCAUGAUCAACCGUCGAUGAUAAAAAAAAGACAUUUAAAUAUACACACUAUCCAAUAAAUUAGCUACACGUGCUCAUCCACGCUUACAUAUACAUGACAUCGGUAAAUUAUUCAACAGAAUUGAUAUUCUUUUUUUUUUUUGUAAUAAGAAAAAAAAAAAAGAGAAUUGCGAAUCAACAGAUGUAAUUACAAAUUUCUCAUAUCUGUCAAAUUGGAUGAUAUAUUUGUAAUGAAAAAGAUUGAAUAGAUAAAUAUAAUAAAAAUGAUGAAAUUGUAACAAUGGAGGAUAAGUCGCUAAGAGAUGCUUCGAUUAUAUACGAUAAACAAUUUCAUGAAAAUAUGAAAUUAGCAAAGUAUUUGUUAAAGCAAUUACAUGACAAAAAAGAAAUUGAAUUAGCUACAAAAUGGCUUAUCCGUGUGAAUAAUAUCAAGUCAUCGUCCUUGGAAGUAAAAAGAGAUCGUAAUGCUUUCUUAUGUUAUUUUUUGAAAAUUUUGAAAGAAGCAAUUUUCAAAAAUCAUUGGCAAUGCGAAUCCACCAGCAGAAUGUUCAAUUCGGAAAAUACUUUAGGAUCAUUUCAUUCUAAUGAAAAUUCGAAAUUAUCUAUUAAUGGAUUAUCACAAAAUAAUACACAAUCGUCAAAUAUUAAAUAUCAUUCGAGAUGGUCACAAAAUCAUCGUACAUAUGUUGCUGUUAAAUCUUUACCCGGAAGAGGAGCAUUAAUAUACAUGGCUGUAUCGAAAAAACCAGGAUUAGAAAAUUGGGACUUGUAGGCAAUAUUAAUAAAUAUUGUACGCAAUAAUUGACAAUGAUAUAUUUCUUUUGGAAUUUCAAUUUGA